UCUUUUCCUGUCCCCGACUGAGGUGUCUGUGGGCCUAGGUGACGAAGAAAAGUGAUCACAGAGGGUGGUGAGCUUUGUGGGCUGAAAGACCUCCUUCAACAUAGACCCUUCAGCUCAGCAGAAAGUUUCAUAAUUAGAGUUGAUGGACCUCCAACAGACUGCUGUAAUACUGUGUCAAAAAAGAUAAUAUCAGCUGAAAACAUUGUGAAAUAUGAUAAACAAAAUGCAUUGCUAUGUCCUGUCACAGCUGUAAGGCAAGUUCAAAGUUAUUAUAAUCACAAAAUUAAGUUUUACACAAAGUAGUAAAUUGGUGAAUAGUUAAAUGAUGAGAGCUAAAACCUCAAGUAUAUCCUUUUUUCCAUGUACAGGUUCCACACCAAGAAAAACAAAGUUAUUUGUUCAGAUCCCGAAAGUAACUGGGCUAAGAAAGUAAUGAAAAUAGUGGAUGGGAGACCGACAGCAAAACCUACGUGCUAUACAAGUACAACAAACGUGAUCCCAAUUACAACUACAACAGAGGAAACAUCGGGAACAGAGACUGAGAUCAGCACGAGUACAACUGUAACACCAGCAGUGACGACAAUCAAAACAUCUGAAACGGAGACCAGCACGAGUACAACUGUAACACCAGCAGUGACGACAAUUAAAACAUCUGAAACGGAGACCAGCACGAGUACAACUGUAACACCAGCAGUGACGACAAUUAAAACAUCUGAAACGGAGACCAGCACGAGUACAACUGUAACACCAGCAGUGACGACAAUUAAAACAUCUGAAACGGAGACCAGCACGAGUACAAUUGUACCAACAACAGUGACAACAAUCAAAACAUCUACACCGGAGACAGAGAUCAGCAAAACAACAAUCCUACCAACUUCAGUGUCCACAGACAACCCAGAAUCUACUGCGAUAACAUGUGGGACAGGUGAAAUAACUGCACCACAAACAAAAACAACAACAUUAACAACAACAACAACAACAACUGGAAAUAUCAACACAAGCACAAAGAAAAAACGGUCAAAGAUGAUGCUAAGAAAAUUAGGGAAAAGCAAGAAAGGACUUAGAAGAGUUCAGAUGUCACGCAACAGUACACAAGGACAUCUGAAUACAACUGAACCACCUGUAAAAAUAUACACAGACACACUGCAGUAAGUUUGAAUAUACUCACAAUGGGUUGUGAGUUGAAGCACUACAUAUUUUAUUUAGUCCUACUCUAGGACUGAACUAUGGUGGUCUUUUAGUUGCAGACUAUAGAAAAUAAUGUGACGAUUUUGACCAGCUCAGUUGUGUGGUGUGUUUCUGCUGAGUGUGUUUUAAAAUAAUUUGUUUUAAUUAUUGUUUGUUAAUAAAUUAAUUCAAAAAAUAUUUGUAAAUAUAAAUAAAAUGUAAAAUGUUUAUUUCUAUUACAAUAAAUCAAUAUAAUGA